AUGGCGCUGGGGGAGCUGUUCCUGGGGAACGCCGACGACUCCACGCCAGUGGUGAGGACUUUCCAGCGCAUGGUCCGUGCCCAGCACGUCCGCAUCCUCCCCCACGACUUCCACAACGGGAUCUUCCUGCGGGCGGAGCUGCUGGGCUGCGAGAGAGUGACCCCUGGGGCACUGACCGCACUGCCGGGCCGGAGGCCCUGCCGAACAGGGGAGUUCCAGUGCCGCAACGGACGCUGUGUCCCCGCUGGGCCCCACGGCACCGUGUGCAACGGAGUUGAUGAUUGCGGAGACUUCUCGGAUGAACUGCGCUGCGGGACAGCCCCGUCGUGCGGCCUCGCCCCUGGCGCUGCCCCUCUCCCAUUCCACUGCGCACUGUCUGUCGGCUGCAUCGACGCCUCCGGCAGUGUGAUGGCGUCAGCGACUGUCAGACGGCACCGACGAGGCCGGCUGUGGCGCCCACGCGGGGAGCACAGUGCCUCCUGCCGGCAACAGCCAGGUCCCUGCAGCGAGCCGCUGGGCCUGGAUGACGGCAGGAUCCACUACCAGCAGCUGAGCGCCUCCUCCCACCGGGACAGCAACCCCCCAGACGCCGGGCGUCUCAACACGGUGCCCAACAU